AUAUAUAUAUAAGAUUAAUUUCUACAAAUCUUUUCCUCCUUUCGUUUUCUGGGGUUGGAAGGGAGAAGGAGAGAGUCACAUUUUUCAUCUUAACAACAAAACCCCUCCUUGCAUAUAUCGCCUCCCUUCAACCCAAGAUUCCCCAAAGAUAUUGUCAAAAUCUCUUCUUCUCCAAAGCAUUUAAUAUUUAUUCCUUUCUUGUUCUAUUCUAUUCCCUUAAUCUCACCAACCCCACUUGUCAAGAAUGGGUUUGGUAAAAAUCCAUUCUUUCCCUUCUUUCACUCUUCCAAAUUCAUAAAAUCUCAAGUUCUACAUUUAAAAGGAUAAAAAGGGGUUUCUUGUUUUUCUUUUUGCUUUUUUUUUUUUUUUUUUUGUGUGUGUGUGGGGUUGGAGUUUAGAUUGAUGGGUAGGAGGGAAAAAAUGCAAGUGUUGGAAUGUAAAAAAGAUGGGAAUUUGUCUAUUUCUCUGUUGGGGCAUCAAUGGGGUGUCCAAGACUCAAACUUUUGUCCUGGUGGAUUAUUUGCAUCAGUUGGUCAAAUGGGAAGUACGGGUUUUGGUGUUUCUUCACCUAAUCCAUCUGAUUCCCGAGACGAAAAUGGAGGAUUUAAGUUACCAUAUUCGGAUUUGUAUAUGAAAUAUUUGUCAUUCCAAGAGGGGUUUAAGAUUGUAGGCAAUGGGGAGGAGGAACAAGAAGGGGUUGUGAAGAAGAAUAAGAAGAAAGGUGGGUUAAAGAUUAAGCUGAAGGUUUCAAAUCCUUCAUUAAGGAGGUUAAUAAGUGGUGCUAUCGCCGGAGCGAUAUCUAGAACUACUGUAGCUCCAUUGGAGACAAUAAGGACACAUUUGAUGGUUGGAAGUAGUGGACAUUCUAGUACUGAGGUUUUUAAUAAUAUCAUGAAUACUGAAGGAUGGACUGGAUUGUUUAGGGGUAACUUUGUUAAUGUCAUUCGUGUUGCGCCUAGCAAAGCUGUUGAGCUUUUUGCGUAUGAUACUGUUAAUAAGAACUUGUCAUCUAAACCCGGUGAGCAACCCAAAAUUCCAAUUCCUGCCUCAUUAGUUGCAGGAGCCUGUGCUGGAGUCAGCUCUACCUUACUGACAUAUCCACUUGAGCUAGUCAAGACUCGACUGACGAUUCAGAAAGGAGUUUAUGAUGGUUUACUUGAUGCAUUUGUAAAGAUACUGAAAGAGGGUGGGCCUGGUGAGCUCUAUAGAGGUCUCACUCCUAGUCUUAUAGGAGUCAUUCCUUAUGCUGCCACAAACUACUUUGCUUAUGAUACAUUGCGGAAAGCCUACAGAAAGAUUUUCAAAGAAGAGAAGAUCGGAAACAUAGAGACUCUUCUGAUUGGAUCAGCAGCCGGUGCUAUAUCUAGUACUGCAACCUUUCCUCUAGAGGUGGCUCGUAAGCACAUGCAGGUGGGCGCUGUUAGUGGAAGAGUAGUUUACAAGAAUGUAAUGCAUGCUCUUGCCACUAUACUCGAACAGGAGGGAAUUCAGGGGUUGUAUAAAGGGCUUGGUCCCAGCUGUAUGAAGUUGGUUCCUGCAGCAGGAAUAUCUUUCAUGUGUUAUGAAGCAUGCAAGAGGAUAUUGAUAGAGGCCGAAAAUGAAGAAUAAAAGAGCUCCUUCGGAAAUAUGCUGCGCGGUAGGGUCAUAGAGCAAUUCAAGAAUAGGCAAAGGAUAGGGAACAUCUCUUUAUACAAUUGAGUUUAUUUAUCUUGCUCCUUUUUCCAGACGCUGGGAAUUUUGUUUUGGAUUGGGCCUGGUUUGUCAGGUGAGAAUUGAUAAAAUCUCAAGAACAAUGAUACUAGUUUUGACCUCUCUUUUUUCAGUACUAAAUCAAGGUAAUGAAAUGCAGUUUGAUGAUAA